GCAAAUUGAAAAUUCCAAGCUCCCCUCUCUAUAUUUUCCUAAUUUCCUCCAUUACCUUCUCCCACCAUCUCUCUCUCUAUAUAUAGACAUGCACAACUGUAUCUCUACAUGCUGGCAAAGCUUUGCUACUGCAGUAUUGACACUCUCUCUCUCUCUCUCUCUCCCCCUCUGUAUUGGGCUAAAAGAUCUGAUAAUAUUAUAAGAAACGGUUUUUUGGGGGCAAACGGAGAUCCAUGUCCACCGGCAAUUGUCCGACACCUAUCCGUCGAAAAGUCGUGAGAAUCAUACUAACCGACGCCGACGCCACCGACUCCUCCGGUGACGACGAUGACGUAAAAAGAGUAAAAAGACAUGUCAAAGAGAUUAUAUUCAAACAAACGCCCAAAAACUCAGUCACGAAGCCAAAGCAAAGCAAGAAGCGAAGUACACCAACGAGACAUGACGUCACUCGCCGGCACAAGUUCAGGGGCGUGCGCCAGCGGCCCUGGGGGCGUUGGGCGGCGGAGAUCCGGGACCCGACCCGGGGGAAACGGGUCUGGCUCGGGACUUACGACACGCCCGAGGAGGCGGCGACGGUGUACGACGAAGCCGCCGUUAUGUUAAAGGGCAGUGACGCCGUUAUCAACUUUCCCAAGGUUGACGUGACGGAGGCGGCAUCUGACGUUAAGGUUGAGGGGGAAGGAAUGAAGAGUGUGAAGGCCUCGUCGCCCACGUCGGUUAUUUUUUACGAGGAGUUAACGCCGUUUCAUGACGAUAUCAGUUACGGUGACGUUGAUGUUUUCGGGUUUGACAUCGAGACGGCUUUAAGUCUGCCGGAUUCGUCGGUGUUGGAGAAUACUGCGUAUUACGGCGACGAGGAUCUAGGCGAGUUUGACCUCGACGUCGCCGAUUUCCUCGUUGAAGGCAGAUAAAUACGUCACGUGGGAGGUGUAUUUGUGUGAUGAAUACAGAAUACAUAUGCAAUUAUGUACACAAUUAUUUGCCACAACCUCGAACAGAACUGUCCAUGUGGCACUGCACGAUUGAUAAUAAAAAAACAACCAUUUUGAAAUUAAUUUGUAACCAUCAAUUAUGCAGUGCCACAUUAGCAGUUGUGAUCGGGUUAUGGCUGAUUGUCGUGUCCCGAGCAUUAUUGAUACCGAAUGAAACUAUGCAUAUAUGUAUUGGAUCCUAAGGAGGGUGGGGCCCACCUACCAAGUACCAACCAAUCAUGGAAUGACAAGUGUGGCUUUAGAAUCUGUCAAACAAUGUGUACAAGUUCUGUUGUGGAGUAACGUCAGUAAAAGUGACCGAUUUAUAAGGCCAUUUUUGUCUUUGUGUUUGGUAUUUAAACGGAGGAUUCAUAAUGGUAUUUCAAUGGGGAGGAGGAGACCUGAUCAGAA